AUGGAGAGUUUAAAGAGGGCAAAAAGAGUGGAGCCACGGAACAAGGCGUUUGAGAUGUAUGUAAAGCUUAAGGAGAUACCUCAGGGGUCUUGUGUCGAUGAUGAUGUCCUGGUGUACCUAUCAAGGAACAUGGAGCUUCGGAGAGAGAUUCCAGCCACAUUGCUUGGUAUCAUAGAGGUGCUAAGGAUAAAUGCGCCUAGAUGCUUUCUAAGCAAAGAAGAGAGGAUCAGGUUCUUUGGGCUGCUCAUAGAAACGCUUCCAAAGGAAAAGAUAAACCUGGAAACAUUCAUUACAUACAGAAUCCCUAGCCUACUAACGGAGAAGAUCUUAAUUGCUAAGUUGAUCAGCCUGGUAGGAGUGGUUAAAGGAGCUGCAAAGCAGUAUUUGAGAGAGAUUAUUAUUGUGAUGAUAGAAGAGGGAGCAGGGGGCAUGGUCCGGGAAAUAGUCAUGGAUGUACUUCUUCGUAUACCCAAGGACCCUACUCUCAACCAUAUAAUCGAGGCUACAAAGGAGAUAUCGAUGCCUAUUGCCGCUGUAAUCAUGGAAAGUCUUGAAGAUAAGGUGUAUGCAGACAUAUAUUCGAACUUCACUCUGAGGGAGCAUUUGUGCAUCAGAAAUGUAAGGGGGCAAGGCAAGAUGAGGUAUCUGAUGGCUGCAAUGUCGGAGACGAACUUCGAAAAGUUGUGUGGCUUUUACAUCGGAGACAAGGACAAGAAGGUGAUUAAGAUUCUGGCGGAGCAUUGCCGCCCGAGUCAUGACGAGAUAUUCCAUAGGAUCCUCAACGAUUGCGAUGAGGGCGUUCGUACAAAGUUGCUAGAAGGAAUCACCUUUGAAGAUGUUGUUGAGCAUGAGCUGGAAGUCUACGAGAGAAUUCUUGACACAAGCCACGGGGUUAGAGCAAUUGUAUUCAACAUAUUCAGGUCUGGAAUGCUGCUCCACAGAGAUUCUGUGAUAGAGGUUAGAGAAGAUUCAAAGGAGAACAAGAGGGACGGAUCGGAGAGCAGUAACCGUGAGACGAAAUGUCUGUUGAGGUUUAUAGGAGCUAUUCUUAAGGGGGUUUUCACCAAACAAAGAAAAGAAUAUGUCGAUCUGCUGAAUGAACUCAAUCUACCAUGGGAGUUCUACUUCCGUAUCCGAUCCUUCAAGGGGGUAACGGCCUUUCUGAGUCUAAGCUCCGAAACGAUAAAGAAGGAGAGUGAAGAUCUUCCCAAGUGCAGAGACAGAAGAAGGUUUUAUCUUGAGCAUUUUUUUUGCGGAGAGCUUUCUAAAGAGGAAAUUGCUGGACUUAUAGAAGUAGAUGUUCCGUCUGCCUUGGCAUAUCUCCGAGGAAAGAGUCCAGAUGAGUAUGCGGAUUUACUGAUGAGCAGAGCACUGUCUAGUAACAACAUCGAAGAAGUGCUAAUGGUGAUAGAUACAAUAAGGCCUUAUUUGGCUGAAAAGAUGCAUCCAUCAUGCCCAAAGUGCAGUGCAGAGCUUUUGGUCUAUGCACACUCGAGACAUGCAUCAUGUUUUAUUGGGCAGGUCCUGGACUUCGAUGUUUCGUUUCCAAUGCUGUACUUUCUGUCACAUAUGAAGAUACCAGUGGAUACACUCCUUCCCCUACUUUCAGGAUAUAGAGGCAGUGGCUCGGAGUAUGUUGAAAUCCAGCUGGCAUACAACGACAAAAAGCUGCUCCAGGAAUAUGUGAACUAUUUUAUGGAGAUAGACUUGGAUGAAAGCUCAAAGAGGAAGCUUGUCGGAAGCAGGACGUUUGUUGGGUCAAUGAUAUACUUUGUUAACACGGGGCAGGUGAAUAUAAGGAACAUCAACUUCUUUAUUUCCUCAAUCCAUGUGAUAUGCAUGAGCUCGAGCAAUGAGACUAAGAUCAGGCAGAUCUACGAAACGUACUCAAUGAAGGUGGAUCAAAGCACAUUCAACAGAUUCUACACAGUGUGCUCCAGGCUCAAGGCCAUGUCACUGAACAAGGGACCGCACGAGAUAAGCGAUGGAAAGGUGGUGGUCAGAAGAAAUGACAAAACACUGUUCUUUAUAUGUGAAACGGUUCUUGGAGUUCGAGAGGGAGAAGUGGUUGGCGAGCGAUUCCACCUGCAGGGAUUCCAUCCGAUUCCGGAGAACGUGCUAGACAUGAUUUCUCUGGGGCGCAUGAUGUAA